UUCCUGGUUGUUGUAAACAGAGGUGGAGUGUUCAACCCACAAUUGCAUUUAAUUUUCGUUCUGCGAAAUUGUUUGUCAUGGCUUAAACGACUUGUCCUAUGGGUGCAUGUAAACUUCAGGAAUCAGGAGAAUAACAUUUCACAUUUGGAAAUCACUACUGUAAUAGGAAAAUGCCGCGAGACCGCGAGGGGUCCAGCUCAGGUUCGAGUCGUAGACACGGACACAGGCGUCAUUCCAGUCACAGACACAGGCGGCGAUUUCGUUUAAAAAACCGUGAAAGAAACUUUGCAGCUGCAGUUUGUAGUAUGGUGGCUAUUGUAACAUUAUGUACAGCUUUAGCAGAACCAGCCUGGUUCUAUUCAAAAGGAGGAGGGUGUCGAUACAAAAGGUUUUCUACAAUGCUAAAUAUGACAUUAGGUGUCAGUAAUUUCUUUUACCUUGGACACUUCGAAAAGUACGAUCAGCCUGCACCGAACGACGAAACCAAACUUGUAACACAUUACAUAUUAUAUUAUGGUGCAGAUCCGACAGAAACUUUGGUUGAUUGUGUAACAGAAAAAGGAGCACUUGUUAUGCAGUGUAUAAUUGGUCUUGUAUUUGCUGCAAUCAUAUUUAGUGGAGCUGGCUUCGCAUUAGAUUUAUAUGGGCCAGCACAAAGGUUAUUGAAACAGAUUAGAAGACAUGCAGUGUGGAACAUACUAGCAGUGCUUGUAUGCGUCACUGUGAAUGGCUUUUGCUUCUGGGAAGCACAGUUGAUAAAAGAUUUACAAGAGAAGACCAAGCAUCAUGCAGGCAGCAAGGUGGAAGUGCAUUUUGAUGUCAGUUUCUAUUUGGUCACUGCAGCGGGUGCUGUGUCAGUCAUAGCAGUGGCGUGUAAUUUGCUGCAGAGAUACCCGCCAAUCCAUGACUCCCGUCGUAGUAGUGAUAGACACAGAUUAAUGGAAGACUUUGAUGGGAUGGAGGUUAUCCCUCCCUUGGGUGCUGAGCUUAUUCCUCCAGUGACAAAUGUACCCCCUCCUCCACCUUAUGCUCCAUGAGGUCUGAUUUAAAAUGCCAUUAGUGGAGGCUUCUGUGUGUUUUAGAGCCUGUUUUUUAAAAAAUUCAUGGAGACUAUGGAUGGUACAUUACUUAUUUGGUGUUUUAUAACUGAAAAAGUGAAAGUGUUGCUGAACAUUUAUUUUUAGUCUAGUCUGGUCAUGCUUAAGUGUUUGUUUUUUUUCUGUUGAAGAGAACUGUAAAGUUGCAACUAUUUAUUAUAUUUUGCAUGCUGUAUGUCAGCUACUUGUUGUAUAAUUAGUUUUAUUUAAACAGAUAUAGGGAUGCCCUUUUAUUAUAUUUCUAACAGUUGUGUAUAGAGAUAGCUUUGGCAUUCUGCUUAUUAUCAAGAUCAGACAAAUAAUUAGAUUUUUUCUUAUUACAUCUGAUUUUUAAACACCAAAUUAUGUAUCUGAAGCAAUAACAAAUGAGGUCAUAAUAAUGAAACAUAUGCAGGACAAAGCGUUUCUGUUAAAUGCAUUUUUAUUGUCGAAAUUAGUUUUAAAGAAACUUUUAUUAUUAUUAUUAUUAUUAUUAUUAUUAUUAUUAUUAUUAUUCAUGUUACUACAGGACUGUACUUGAUCCAGUCUCGUAAAAGAAUUAAAAGCCCACAAUGAGUAAUAUACAUAAUAUGACAAAAAAUUCCUCUUAAUUUUAUGUCCUUACAUUUGAGUGAAAAGUGUGUAGGAUUUAAACACGAGUUUUGUAAAUUACUACUUGUUUAACUCACUUGAUUAAUGCCAUGAACUUCAUGUUCCCCCCACCCUCCAAUUUUUUUUUUUUUUUUCUUAUUGUUGUUUUUAUGCUCUAAAAUUGUUUACAUUGACUAUACCGUGGGUUUGGCAUUUCCCCAAGUAGGAUGAUUUUUUUUUUUUUUU